CUGGACGUCCUCGCAUAACCUCCCUACACAUAUCUUCUUCACCUGACCUCUCUUCCUUACCCUCCCUCAUAGCAGUCGGCUGCCGUGGUCCGGUGACCUCCCCACGAUGCCUCCUGGGAAGAGAUCCACACAGCCCUCACGGAAUUCUGAAGGUAAUUUUGUUUAGUUGCUCCUCUCUGUUCGUCACUUCGUGAAGCAGCGGGAUCUAGGUUUGGGAAGGUUUUCUCCUCCAUGGCCAUGACGACUCAUGAGCUCUGUCCCCAUCCUUCCCGCCUCCCAUACCUCCACCAUAUGUCGCCUCCUCUUCUCUGUCGCCUGACUCGUCCUCGCCAUCGCGGCGCCUCCUCCUUUGCCUUCACUGUCUCCACUAGCCGCAACCGCCAUCACCUGCAGCAACCUCCGCCUACCGUUGCCUUCCACUAUGGCCGCACAAAUGACUCGUUCCGAGCCUUCAGCGGCCACCUCGCUCGGCAAAUUCUCCGCCGGCGACAGGGAGAAGGUGCUCGCUGCCGUUGGCGUACACACAGCAACUUCUCUGCGCUACCUUCUUCCUGCCCAACCCCGAACCUCCAUAAGCUUUGGAUCUGGGUAGAAUCAUGAUGUAGAUUGUGGCUGCUCAUGUCACGUAUAUCCUAGAAACUUCUAGCUAUUUUAGUAUCUAGCUGCUAGCCUACUACCAUGGUGUGAUCGGUUAAGAUAUUGCUUGUGUGUCUACUAUUCCCUGCAAUUCCUGCUAACUAGUAAAUGGCGCGCCCUUUGCGCGCGUGAGAAAAAACGGUAAUAUAAGUCAUAACAAUAUUAUGUUGGUUUGAGGUUGUACAUGCAUAUUUCAUAAUCUAAAUGAUAAUUUCAUAUUAAGUAAAAGUUCAUUUUGUAGUGGUUGCAGAUUUAAAGUGUUAUCACUAUUAAAUUUCAAUCAUUAUGAAAACUGCCUUGCAAACUGAAAGAUCUUAGCCUUAAGGCAACACAUUUAAAAAUACUAUUGAAUUUUCUGAGUAAUAUUUCAGUAGUACAGUGAGUAAUGAACCAAUGAUAAUUCAAGACAUUCUAAGACCAUAAGUUAAAGCAUGUUUUUGAGUAAUAUUUCAGUAGUAUCGUGAGUAAUGAACUAAUGAUAAUUAAAGACAUUCUAAGACCAUAAGUUAAAGACAUUCAGUAAUAUUUUCUGGUUGCUUAGAUCUCUUGGCUAUAUGCGCCAAUUGCAAAUGCUCACUAUUUCAUAAUACAAUUUUUCAAUUAGACAUAGCUAGAUCGAUUUUAUUCAUUGUCAAACCAAACAGGAUGUUUUUUAACAUUGGGUGGAGAACUUUAUCCAUCUAUAUAUAACGUUUUGGACCAAGCAAGAAAUUGACACAAGAUAUAAAUUGUUGAAUAUAAUUGAUGCAUUACAAUUUCUUCUUUAUUGUGUUUGAUACCUUUUUCAUUUAUUCAUUUACAUUUUAAAUGUACAGAAGACCCUCUUACUGAAUACGAGAAAAUGAGGGCUGUGAAUAUGAUGAAGAACAAUCAAUUGUUUCAACGGCUAGGCCUUGGACAAUUAAAAACAAUGAUCACCGCGACAACUCCAAACAACAAACAAGGUGGUCCUCAGGAAUCAGGUUCUUUAUAUGAUGGUGAGAACGUUGAGGAUUCUGGUGAAGAGGAUGUUGGCAUGGAAUUCCAAGCUCGUAAGGGUGUCCCUACCCACAUCUUCCAAGCUCGUAAGGGUGUCCCUACCCACAUCUCCAAUGAUGGUGAACAUAUGUCAACAAAAGUAACAAGAGGAAAUAAAAGAAUUAUGGCACCUGUGCAGGAAUGGCCAGUUAGAGUCACUAGACAAAGAGUUGCUGAAGUAAACCAAAUGUCUACCCAUAGCCUAAAUGUUUCUACACAACCCAGUUCAAGUGCCGCCACAAACCAUGAUUUAACCCACAACCUUAUUGUUCCUACACAUCCUAGUUCCAAUACUGCCACAAACCAUGAGCCCAUCCAAGACAUGGAUACUAUUGCACAAGCUACUUUCCAGAUACAGGAGGGUGAUAACCACACUGGGAAUCAAGAAAUCAUACCAAGGAGAAAAAGUAUGGGCAGGCAACUUGAAUCGUUAAGCAGAGGACUGGGAAUCAAGAUUCCAAUCCAAAUCACUGAAGGGAACAAAAGCCCAGAGCCACCUAUUCAAGCUGCUAAGUUUGCAUCAGAGGGUGGAAUCACAUUGAGGCAGCACAUUCCAAUAUUUAACCAUUGGAAGGAAUACAAGAAGAGAGAGAAUGAACCUAUAAUAAGAAACUACAUUGGCAAAGUUACUGCUAAUUUCACGGUGGACAGUGAGAGCAUGACAGUGGAAGAUGCAUGUCUAGACAUGCUAAAGAGUGGACAACGCCAAAUGAGGUAUAGACUGAAACAGAAGUACUUCAAUGGGAUACCUGCUAAUCAAGUGAGGACUACAUCACCUAUUCCAAGCAUGUCUGACAACGUCUGGAGAAAGUUGGUGGAGAAGUGGUCUACCCCAAAUCACAAGGAAAGUUGUGUGAAGAACAAACUUAAUCGUGAAAAAGUACAGUAUCAACAAUGCACAGGCUCUCAGUCCUACAUUGCAAAGGCUUUUAUAUUGAAGCAAGAAAAAUAUAAGGACGCGAAACCUAGUGCAAUAGAUCUUUUCAAGGAGAUGCAAUGUAGCAAAAAGAAAGGUUUUAGUGAAAAUGUUCAGAAAGCUAUUGUUGACAUGGAAGAAAUGGUAGCAGCACCAGUUCAGGAUGGACAACAACCAAAAUCUCCUACAGAAGUUGUUUCUAAUGUGCUACCAGGCUCCAGUGUGUUCCUACGCAAUGUUGGUCUUAAGUCUGCAUCCCAGAAAAGCUCCACAACGACUGUUUCUGUAAAGGUUCAACAACUUCAGGAUGAACUCCAGACCGAGAAGCAAGAAAAAGAUGGCCUUCGGGAAGAAGUGGAAACCUUGAAGGCUCAAGCACAAGCAUCUCAGGAGACCAUUGAUAGUAUGAAGAGGUCGAUGGAAGAAAUAACAACCUCCUUCGUCAACUAUUAAGCUUCAAUCGAGGCCAAGUGCCUCCAUCAUAAGUCUGGUUGACCACUAUAGGACAUACAGCCUUAUGGCUGUUAUAGUGGCUAGUUAUAGUAGCUCUAGAUUUGAAGUUAUAAGAUCAUUUUUCAAUUCUGCUUAAUGUUUAAUACUUUGAGUUGAAGUUAUUGGACUUGUUUUGGAUUUUAAGUUAAAGGAUUUGCAGAUAUAUGUUUUAAAGUUAUAUUAUUCUCUUCUAGAUGAAAUAUUUGUGAUGAACAAAUUCAUAUGAUAUUUUGGUUCUGAUGUGUAAUAUUCUAUGACGAUAUGAAUGCAUAUGAUGUAUUCCUUGCGAUGAUGAUUAUAUUUGUCACAAAUGCUUUGUCAGCA